UGAUAAAAGAAAAAAAAAAUAUCAUCACGCAAACGGCGUCGGCUCGGUGUUACUUUAGUUUCCUCUUCUACAAGAAAAGAACAGAGAGAUUUAUAAUUUGAAGGUUUUGUGGAAUCAAAUCGAAAGAAGCCAAAAAUGGCAACAGAGGAAGAAUUGAAACAGCAAUUAGAGGAAUUACAGAAACAGCUUUCGAAGAAACAGAAAUUUGAAGACGCCGUUUUCUCAAUCAAAUCUCUUCUCCGCGAUUUCUAUCUCUCUUCUUCCCCUUCUCUUCGCAAUUCAUUCUAUUUAGUUGUAUGCAGAGUAUCAACGAUUUUGAAAACAAGAUACACAGCUCCAGGUUUCUGGAUGACAGGAUUAGGGUUAUUUGAACAAGCUGAAUGCUUAGUUUCUGAUUCUUCUCAAAAAGAGCAUUUAAAGAAUUGCAUUCUUCAAGCUAAAGAACAUUUACAUCUAACUGAUAAUCCUCCAGAUGUUUCCUCAAGUUCGUCUCGUGGAGGGUAUUUAUUUGAGGGGCAUCUUACUGUGGAUCCUGAACCACCGCAGCCUCAAUGGUUAGUGCAAUCAAAUCUUGUGAAUUCUAUGGCUUCUCUUUUGGCUGCUGAAUCUUCUAGAGGUCGUGUUGAUAUUGUAGCCGAAAGUGCUUCUAGUAUGCUCGAAGAGCUCAUGACUAAUCUUGAUGACAUUAUGCCUCAGUUUUUGGAGGACGAAUCCAGAGUUCCGAAAGUCCCUCCUGCUAGUAAAGAGGUUGUUGCAAAGCUACCGGUUAUUACUCUCACACAAGAAAUCUUGGCCAAGCUAGGGCAAGAUGCAGAAUGUGCUAUAUGUAAGGAGAAUCUGGUUGUUGAUGAUAAGAUGCAGGAGUUGCCUUGCAAGCACACAUUUCAUCCUCCUUGUUUAAAGCCAUGGCUGGAUGAGCACAAUUCUUGUCCAAUUUGUCGACAUGAGCUGCAAACUGAUGAUCAUGCAUAUGAGAGCUGGAAGGAGAGGGAGAAGGAGGCUGAAGAAGAGAGGAAAGGUGCUGCUAAUGCUGUGCGUGGUGGUGAAUUCCUUUAUAUUUAGAUGAUUGUCAUGUACUUUAUUCAUAGCGAAUAAAGUGCCUAUUACUGUAUUUAUAGAUUCAUCUUUGAAGAUUAUAGAGGUUAUAUUUUAACUUGAUAUUGUUUUUACACCUCUAUUGCUGUAUAACUCUUUCUUGCAUUACUUUUGAGUAAUGAUUAUAUGGUUUUCUUAGGGUUCACGGUUGAGAGCUGAGCUUGUAUUUCUUUAGUUUGAAUUGAACUACAUUUACAUGA